AUGGCCUCAUCCAAAGAUAUUCAUUCUACUCUGCUCGCUGAAAUUGCCAAUCUUCUUAAGAUAUUGGAUCAUGAAGGAGGCAACUUAGAUCAUGCAGUCACUCAUAAAGUCGAAAAUAGUCUCAAUGCCAUCAAAGAUAUCAGUUCUCUCUGGCAAGCACAUACAACAAAGCUAGCUCUGGCAUUCAAACCACCCAUCUCAGGGGAAGCUGCGUUAAAAUGCUUAGAGGAGGCUGGGAAACUACCGAGACUGCUUGUAGCGGCUUAUAAUGCAAUAGACGAAGAUGACAAAACAGGGCUAAUGAAACCUGAAGUUAAGGACCAUAUAGAUAUGCUCUUUCUAGCGGAGAACUCCUUUUUAGAAGAAUUGAAAGAAGCUGUCGUCAGAGAACGGUUGUUACUGCAAAAUCUUCGCCCGGCAUCUGCUGACAGCAAUGCAAGAACAUUAGUAUCGGUGGGUGAAGUUUGGGAAAGUUGUAAGAAAUUGCAAGCAUUGAUAGAUAAUGGACCAGUGGCAGUACUACAAGGAAAGAUCACAGCUUACUCGGGAAUCAUUAGAGAUGCUGUGGAAGAAUUCAAAGAGCUAAUGGAAGAAGAACGUGAAGAUAGUGAUGACGAAAACAACGAUGACGAUGUAGAUAAACCGCCGUCCGCUGUAUCUGAUUCAGAAGAAGUUGACGACUUUGAAGAAUUCAACUUCAGUGCACCAUCUAAACCACUCUCUAAGGAACUGAGACAAGUUGGUAUCAAAUGGAAAGACAUGUUUAUUCGAUUGCCUACUGUAACAGAAGUCUUGUGUAAAACACUGUGUAAAAGACUGGAAAACACAGAGUCAACGAAAAUUAUCAAAAUUAAUACUUGCAUUAAAUCCAUUUCAGAAGCCACUGACGAUCUUGUUUUUGGGUUUUCUGAUAAUAGCAUCACUGACGUCAAAGAGGGUUUCGUUGUUGUUACCAAGGAACUUGAGACGAUUGCUGAUCUAACAACGCGGCCAGAUGAUAACUUUUCAACUCAACUUCGUGCAUAUAUUGAAAAGUUUAAAGCAAAUAAUAGUUAG